CUCGUUACAAAAAAAUUGUUACUGAUCAAUAAUUUCGUCGUAAACAGUUAAGAAACACAAGUCGUGUAUGUGUUGUUAUAGAUGUUUGAAGAAUUGUGUGUGACGAAAAUAAAACAUACGUCAAAUGAAACGUUAAUUUUCGUUUAGUACUUGAAGUAGUAAAUAUUAAACAACUCGCAUCCAUAAGAUGUAUUAUUAGACCAACAUGUGGAAUAUGUUGGCCAACACUCGAAAUUAAAGUAUCGGAGACAGUGUGCAGCACGAUGUAGUUCUUUUCUAGCAGAAAGUCACAUGGGCUGAGCUAAGUGGUGGGUAAUGGAAAAUAGAUGCAGUGCUUCAAGAGCCAUGUUAGAAUGCUAUGAAAUCAGAGUGAGACCUUCAUGACAUAUUUAAAUGAAGCCAAAGACCUGUUGAUAUACAACACUGGAAGUGUGAACAGAGCAGGAGGAGGAGCAUUCAGUGAAUUCAAGAGUAAAAAUCUUAUCUACUGCUCUGAUAAACAUUCCAAGGUUUUGUUUCAUCUAAAGCAUGGGCAGCAGUCACUUGCAUGUAGUUUGGGACAAUCAUAUCUCCAAUUUGCAAACAGUUCUCUACGAAUUCUACAAUCGUCAUAGCUUAGCUGACGUCACAAUAUCAUGCAAGGAUGGUACUUUAAAAGCACACAAAAUAAUUUUAUCUGCCUGCAGCCCGUACUUUGAGACUGUUUUUCAGGAAAAUCCGUGUGAACAUCCUGUUGUUAUACUAAAAGAAAUAUCAUGUUAUGAGAUGCAAAUAUUACUUCAGCUUAUGUACCGUGGGUCCACUGAUGUUCCAGAAGAAGAUAUUUCUGAUAUCAUACAAACAGCAAAUGAACUUAAGGUAAAGGGAUUUGUUCAAGCUGCAGUGAAGAAUGUUACAGAAGACACAGACAGACUAGAAAACGAUUCUGGAAUGGAUCAGCAUAAUUCAUCUACCAUGUUGCCCACUAAUGAUGAUCAUGAAUAUCAGGAUGAAUCUGACUUACAUGUUCUGAAAGACACAAGACAGAAUGGAGAAAAUUAUGGUUUAGAGGAUGAUGUGGAAAGCAGCAAUGGGCUUGUGGACACAAACGACCAGGUUGACAACUCUACAAGUGAGGUGGAUCAGGAAAUAAUGGUAUCUUCACCAUAUUCAGUGGCAGAACUGAAAUGUAAAUCCAUGAAGCGCCAUCGGAGGAAAAAUGGUUUGAAAACUCGCAGAAAGGCUGUAGAGUUUCAGGAUUCUCUGUCAUGGAGUUCAGAAGAUGAAAAGAUGCUUUGUGAUAGACAAAGAUCGAGACUGCCAAGCAAAAAUGAUGACUCGACAUUAAAUGCUUUAAAUGAUGUUGAUAAUCCAUUGCAACCACAGUCAAAUUUUACUGAUAAAUCAGCUAUGAAAGAAUUGCACUGUAAAUCUGUUGAUGACAAAUUUAUUCAUACAAUCCCUGAGAUCCAAAUAAAAGAAGAACAGCUAGGCGCAGUGGAUUAUAGUGUGAUGUCAACACACAGUGAUACAAGGAAUUAUAAGGAUACCUAUAAGGUGAAACAGAGUGUUUGUGACAAUCCUGUCAGUACCUAUCUCUCAUGCAGUGAUAUUUCUGAUGUUACAACAUUAAUAAAGAGAAGUGAGAUUGCAGCAAAGCCACAUGAAUGUGAAUACUGUGGUUUAUCAUUCAGUCGUGCAUCUCACCUUGCCAGACAUCGCCGUGUCCAUACUGGAGAAAGACCAUUUAUUUGUGUUUUGUGCCAACGAAAGUUUACUCGUCAAGAUAAACUUAGGCUGCAUGUGAUGAAAUACCAUGCUUUGGAUAUAAAAGAUAGGAAAUAUCAGAGUUACAUAUUAACACAAAAGGUUUCCAGUGGUGCAAAUAAUGCAGUAACAGAAGAUGAACUGCGAGAAAUAGGAAGGGGAGAGUCAUCACUUCCAUUUGGAGAUACCAGCUAUUUAUCAUCACUUUCAUUUGGACAGCAGAAACAUACUGACUCAACAGUCAGUGCAGCAGAAACUUUAGACUCAAAUACAGAUGAACUGUUAUAUUCUGUAAGACAACUUGGGGAGUGUACUAUCCAGGCAGUGACUAAACAGGAAGUUAAUUCUUAAUGCAUACUGUACUCUGAAAUUUUCAUAUAUUAAAUGUGAAUGUGACAGUGAAUACCAAAGAUGAUAGUAAUAGUGAAAGAUGCAAUUUUCUUUUCUUUUGGUCAUGGUUUACUUAUUUCUUUAAUUUUAUUUGGCCUUUGGCAGUGUAUCACUAUUUAGGAAUGUGGUGAUGGUUUGUCUUUAUUUCCUUUACACUGCUUUAUUGUUACUUUGUGUGUGUGUGUGUGUGUGUGUGUGUGUGUAUGUGUGUGUGUGUGUGUGUGUGUGUGUGUGUGUGUGUGCUCUCUUCCCUUCUGCAUGUCUCUGCUCUGUAAUGCUUUUUCUAUGAAGUAUUGUGACAAGAGAAGGUAUCAAAAACUAAAGGAAGUUAAUGAAGGUUUUGCAGAAGAUGUGUAAUCAAUACAUACAGGAAUGUAAACAGUUUGGCAAUGAAUGAAAUAUAGUGGUGGCUUUAAAAAUGAAAAGUGAUUUAGAUAAGGAAAACAUGGACACUCAGAGGUGCCAUCAGCCUAGUUGCAUUGAUGGACUUUUAGAGAGGAAGUCUGCAGACCAUUAGAAAGUUAACAAUUUAAGUAGUAGCCUAAGUGCUGUGACUGGUGAAACAGAUGCCAUUAUUAGUAGUUUAUUUUUAUUGUGUGUUUUAUAAAUGUUGUGUUAUGAUAUGUUUUCACAUAUUAAGCAGUGUUCCCAUACA